AUGACAACAGUAGUGAACAGUUCCAAGAGGCUUCUCCUGAAAACUCUCAGGAGAGACACGCUACAAUCACAGCUUAAUUCAAACGUCGGCUUUCAACAACACUCAUUAAGAAAGGCGCCGAACGUCGCCGUCGAGUUCCUUCGGUCCGCCAGCCACGCCACGCCGCGCCCGCCACAGCUGCGGCUCGCCCCCCUUCGGCCGACGACCGCCUCUCGCCGCCGACCUGCGCUCCAGAGUACCUGCCAGAGUUCCCAGCCUGAAGAUGGGUCACUGCCUGUUCGUGCGACUGUCGGCGGCAAGCUAGGCGGGAAUUCUGGCGGGCUGGAGCCCGCGCGCCAACGACGAGCCUGCCGAAGCGGAAGCCAGCCGAGGCAGCCCAGCCGCCAGCUGUGCCCGUCAUUCACAGCAGCCAGCCGAGGCCGCCCAGCCGCCAGCUGUGCCCGUCAUUCACAGCAGCCAGCCGAGGCCGCCCAGCCGCCAGCUGUGCCCGUCAUUCACAGCAGCCAGCCGAGGCCGCCCAGCCGCCAGCUGUGCCCGUCCUUCACAGCAACCAGCCGAGGCCGCCCAGCCACCAGCUGUGCCCGUCAUUCACAGCAGCCAGCCGAGGCCGCCCAGCCGCCAGCUGUGCCCGUCAUUCACAGCAGCCAGCCGAGGCCGCCCAGCCGCCAGCUGUGCCCGUCAUUCACAGCAGCCAGCCGAGGCCGCCCAGCCGCCAGCUGUGCCCGUCAUUCACAGCAGCCAGCCGAGGCCGCCCAGCCGCCAGCUGUGCCCGUCAUUCACAGCAGCCAGCCGAGGCCGCCCAGCCGCCAGCUGUGCCCGUCAUUCACAGCAGCCAGCCGAGGCCGCCCAGCCGCCAGCUGUGCCCAUCAUUCACAGCAGCCAGCCGAGGCCGCCCAGCCGCCAGCUGUGCCCGUCAUUCACAGCAGCCAGCCGAGGCCGCCCAGCCGCCAGCUGUGCCCGUCAUUCACAGCAGCCAGCCGAGGCCGCCCAGCCGCCAGCUGUGCCCGUCAUUCACAGCAGCCAGCCGAGGCCGCCCAGCCGCUAGCUGUGCCCGUCAUUCACAGCAGCCAGCCGAGGCCGCCCAGCCGCCAGCUGUGCCCGUCAUUCACAGCAGCCAGCCGAGGCCGCCCAGCCGCCAGCUGUGCCCGUCAUUCACAGCAGCCAGCCGAGGCCGCCCAGCCGCCAGCUGUGCCCGUCAUUCACAGCAGCCAGCCGAGGCCGCCCAGCCGCCAGCUGUGCCCGUCAUUCACAGCAGCCAGCCGAGGCCGCCCAGCCGCCAGCUGUGCCCGUCCUUCACAGCAGCCAGCCGAGGCCGCCCAGCCGCCAGCUGUGCCCGUCAUUCACAGCAGCCAGCCGAGGCCGCCCAGCCGCCAGCUGUGCCCGUCAUUCACAGCAGCCAGCCGAGGCCGCCCAGCCGCCUGCUGUGCCCGUCAUUCACAGCAGCCAGCUGAGGCCGCCCAGCCGCCAGCUGUGCCCGUCAUUCACAGCAGCCAGCCGAGGCCGCCCAGCCGCCAGCUGUGCCCGUCAUUCACAGCAGCCAGCCGAGGCCGCCCAGCCGCCAGCUGUGCCCGUCAUUCACAGCAGCCAGCCGAGGCCGCCCAGCCGCCAGCUGUGCCCGUCAUUCACAGCAGCCAGCCGAGGCCGCCCAGCCGCCAGCUGUGCCCGUCAUUCACAGCAGCCAGCCGAGGCCGCCCAGCCGCCAGCUGUGCCCGUCAUUCACAGCAGGCAGCCGAGGCCGCCCAGCCGCCAGCUGUGCCCGUCAUUCACAGCAGCCAGCCGAGGCCGCCCAUCCGCCAGCUGUGCCCGUCAUUCACAGCAGCCAGCCGAGGCCGCCCAGCCGCCAGCUGUGCCCGUCAUUCACAGCAGCCAGCCGAGGCCGCCCAGCCGCCAGCUGUGCCCGUCAUUCACAGCAGCCAGCCGAGGCCGCCCAGCCGCCAGCUGUGCCCGUCAUUCACAGCAGCCAGCCGAGGCCGCCCAGCCGCCAGCUGUGCCCGUCAUUCACAGCAGCCAGCCGAGGCCGCCCAGCCGCCAGCUGUGCCCGUCAUUCACAGCAGCCAGACGAGGCCGCCCAGCCGCCAGCUCAGCCAGCCGAGGCCGCCCAGCCGCCAGCUGUGCCCGUCAUUCACAGCAGCCAGCCGAGGCCGCCCAGCCGCCAGCUGUGCCCGUCAUUCACAGCAGCCAGCCGAGGCCGCCCAGCCGCCAGCUGUGCCCGUCAUUCACAGCAGCCAGCUGAGGCCGCCCAGCCGCCAGCUGUGCCCGUCCUUCACAGCAGCCAGCCGAGGCCGCCCAGCCGCCAGCUGUGCCCGUCAUUCACAGCAGCCAGCCGAGGCCGCCCAGCCGCCAGCUGUGCCCGUCAUUCACAGCAGCCAGCCGAGGCCGCCCAGCCGUCUGCUGUGCCCGUCAUUCACAGCAGCCAGCCGAGGCCGCCCAGCCGCCAGCUGUGCCCGUCAUUCACAGCAGCCAGCCGAGGCCGCCCAGCCGCCAGCUGUGCCCGUCAUUCACAGCAGCCAGCCGAGGCCGCCCAGCCGCCAGCUGUGCCCGUCAUUCACAGCAGCCAGCCGAGGCCGCCCAUCCGCCAGCUGUGCCCGUCAUUCACAGCAGCCAGCCGAGGCCGCCCAGCCGCCAGCUGUGCCCGUCAUUCACAGCAGCCAGCCGAGGCCGCCCAGCCGCCAGCUGUGCCCGUCAUUUACAGCAGCCAGCCGAGGCCGCCCAGCCGCCAGCUGUGCCCGUCGUUCACAGCAGCCAGCCGAGGCCGCCCAGCCGCCAGCUGUGCCCGUCGUUCACAGCAGCCAGCCGAGGCCGCCCAGCCGCCAGCUGCGCCCGUCAUUCACAGCAGCCAGCCGAGGCCGCCCAGCCGCCAGCUGCGCCCGUCAUUCACAGCAGCCAGCCGAGGCCGCCCAGCCGCCAGCUGCGCCCGUCAUUCACAGCAGCCAGCCGAGGCCGCCCAGCCGCCAGCUGUGCCCGUCAUUCACAGCAGCCAGCCGAGGCCGCCCAGCCGCCAGCUGUGCCCGUCAUUCACAGCAGCCAGCCGAGGCCGCCCAGCCGCCAGCUGUGCCCGUCAUUCACAGCAGCCAGCCGAGGCCGCCCAGCCGCCAGCUGUGCCCGUCAUUCACAGCAGCCAGCCGAGGCCGCCCAGCCGCCAGCUGUGCCCGUCAUUCACAGCAGCCAGCCGAGGCCGCCCAGCCGCCAACUGCGCCCGUCAUUCACAGCAGCCAGCCGAGGCCGCCCAGCCGCCAGCUGCGCCCGUCAUUCACAGCAGCCAGCCGAGGCCGCCCAGCCGCCAGCUGUGCCCGUCAUUCACAGCAGCCAGCCGAGGCCGCCCAGCCGCCAGCUGUGCCCGUCAUUCACAGCAGCCAGCCGAGGCCGCCCAGCCGCCAGCUGUGCCCGUCCUUCACAGCAACCAGCCGAGGCCGCCCAGCCACCAGCUGUGCCCGUCAUUCACAGCAGCCAGCCGAGGCCGCCCAGCCGCCAGUUGUGCCCGUCAUUCACAGCAGCCAGCCGACCGGGCCCGGAGCCGAGACCACGUCCGCCACGUACACCGAGGCGCGAGAGGUCUCCAUCGAGAAGCAGGUGACAAAACUCGCGAGCAUUUUAAAAGAAUCCGACGACGAACCUAAAGAGUCGAGUGACCAGCCGCAAUCGGCGUCCAAAGCCAAAUGGCGGGGCAACAGACGGCGAAGCCGCAGCAACGGCUCGAACGACGAGAGGAUGGAGACCUUUGACGGGGAAACGUCGCGGGAAAACAAAACAUCGGAGCAGAGGACCUUGUCCUCCGGCCGUACCGCCCAUAGCCAGUACAACUCCCGACUCCGCACGGCGCUUGAAUGCAGGAACGCUCUGGCUAUAACUUCAUCACGUGCGAUUUAA